GAAUUAGAGGCGGACAUCCAAGCGACAGGGAGGCUCUACGAAUAUGAGGCCCUGCCCCAGGAAACGCCGAACGUCGGGACGGGAUUCACGGACAAGGUCUAUAAGAAGGACUACGUCUGGAGGAACAUCAUCCUCUUUGCCAUCCUUCAUGCUGCCACGCCCGUUGGGAUCUACCUCGCACUCACCAGGGCUUAUUACUCCACAAUCUUCUUCGGUAUAUUUUUGGGUGUGGCAUGUUCAAUUGGAGUGACAGCAGGAGCUCAUCGCCUCUGGGCUCAUCGUAGCUACAAAGCGAAAUUCCCAUUUCGCCUUCUUCUCGCUUUCCUCGAUACCUCUAACAUCCAGAAUGACAUCUACGAAUGGAGUCGGGAUCACCGAGUGCAUCACAAGUUCAGCGAGACGGAUGCAGACCCUCACAACGCGAAGAGAGGAUUUUUCUUUGCCCACAUGGGAUGGCUUUUGGUCAGGAAGCACCCGGAGGUGAUCAGGAAGGGGAAGACUAUCGACUGCAGCGAUCUCCUCGAGGAUCCCAUCGUAUAUUAUCAGAGGAAAUACUACAUACCAUUGGCAUUGUUUUGCUGCUUCGCGUUCCCGGCGAUAACCCCUUGGCUGUUAUGGGGAGAAGAUCUCUAUGUCGCAUUCAUGUUUUGCUCCGUUGCCCGCUAUUGCCUGUGUCUGAACGGAACCUGGCUGGCACAUCGGACCGGUGGAGCAGGUGAUCGUAGGAGGCCUGGCAUUCGGAGAGGGCUGGCACAACUACCACCACACCUUCCCCUGGGACUACAAGACCUCGGAGAUGCCCUGGUACCACUUGGAGUCUUGAUUCUCUUCUCUGGGCUUGGAGUGACGGCAGGAGCCCAUCGAUUGUGGUGCCACAGGAGCUACAAAGCAAAAUUUCCUCUUCGCCUAUUCCUCGCCUUUUUCAACACCGUCGCCGUCCAAAAUGACAUCUAUGAGUUCAGCCGCGACCACCGAGUGCACCACAAGUACAGCGAAACGGACGCAGACCCCACGAACGCCCUGCGGGGAUUCUUCUUCUCUCACAUCGGCUGGCUCUUGCUCAAGAAGCAUCCAGACGUGAUCCGGAAAGGGAAAACCAUCGACUGCAGCGAUCUCCUGCAGGACCCUAUCGUUUACUAUCAGAGAAAGUUCUACCUUCCCCUGAUCAUACUCUGCUGCUUCGUCUUCCCCAUCGCGACCCCCUGGCUCUGCUGGGGAGAGGACCCAUGGGUGGCAUUCAUGUUUUGUUCUGUCUCCCGGCUUGUCCUCGGUUUAAACAUAUCUUGGUUGGUGAAUAGCGCCGCUCAUCUGUGGGGACAGAGGCCCUACGACAGAAACAUCGGAGCGGUGGAGCAGAACAUCGUGGGGAGCCUGGCCCUGGGCGAGGGCUGGCACAACUACCACCACGCGUUCCCCUCGGACUACAAGGCGUCGGAGCUGCCCUGGUACGACGUGAACCAGACGACGCUCUUCAUCGACGCCAUGGCCUGGCUCGGCCUGGUCUGGGACAGGAGGUCGGUGGACAGCUGGGUCGUGGAGAAGCGGGUGAGGAAGACCGGGGACGGGACUCACUUCAGGUGGGGGAUCGGUGAGGGCGGGGAGGCGAUCGUCGAAGAGAAUGUGAGGAAUUUUUCUGAAUAA